CAUCGCAAAAGGAUCCUGAUCACAAGAUCAGGAUGGUUCACGCCGUGUCCGAUGUCAACGAGAAGAGCUACAUCCUGGAUGCGAGAGAGAACUUCGAGGAUAUCGGCAGCAUCGCAUCGGACGAAUCCUACGAUGACAUGAGACGAUUAGUUAGGGAUGAAGAAGUAGAAGACAAGUCCAGCAAAUUUAGCAGCCUGCCGCUCGCGAGUUUCAAUUUCAUCAAUUCCAUCAUCGGCAGCGGAGUCAUCGGAAUACCGUACGCUCUGCAUCAAGCCGGCUUCGGUCUCGGCAUCGCCCUGUUAAUUUUAGUAGCAUCGUUGACCGACUAUUCGUUAAUUCUCAUGGUACGAAGCGGGCGUAUUUGCGGCGAGAUGAGUUACCAGGGUCUGAUGCGAGCGAGUUUCGGCCGCGUCGGUUUCUACAUUCUCACGAUAUUGCAGUUACUCUAUCCGUUCAUAGCAAUGGUUUCGUACAAUGUCGUCGUCGGUGAUACGGUGACUAAGGUUCUAAUAAGAGUAACGGGAAUGAAUGAGACGAACAUUCUCGCUCAUCGACAAGUCGUCAUUCUCCUAGCAACUUUAUGCAUCACCGUCCCGCUUUGUCUCUACAGAAACGUCGCACGAUUAGCAAAAAUCUCCUUUCUCUCUCUAGUUUGCGUUGGGUUCAUUCUCCUCGCCAUCUUCAUCCGGAUGGACACAAUGUCUGCCUUGGUUCCGAGUCAGAAGGACAGCUGGAGGUUCGCCAAUUUCCCGGGGAUCGUUCCAUCUAUCGGUAUAAUGGCGUUCGCCUUCAUGUGCCAUCACAAUACCUUCCUGAUUUACAGCUCAAUUGAAAGAGCGACCCAAGAGAAGUGGGAUAUCGUGACACAUUGGUCUCUCUUUACGUCUUUCCUAAUCGCCGCGGCUUUCGGGAUCGCCGGUUACGCGACCUUCACGUCAUAUGUUCAGGGCGAUCUCAUGGAGAAUUACUGCUGGGAUGACGAUCUGAUGAAUUUCGCCAGGGUGAUGUUUAGCGGCACCAUACUGCUUACCUUCCCCAUCGAGUGCUUCGUUACGCGCGAGGUACUCAUGACAGCAAUAAAAGGCACGGACGAAUUGGAGGGACAUGAGGCUUACGUGCCUAAUUCGGACCGCGAGUACCUGAUAAUCACCUUGACGAUAAUAUGUAUGGCGUACUUGAUCUCCAUGUUGACGGAUUGCCUCGGCAUCGUUCUCGAGUUGAAUGGAAUUCUCGCCGCGGUGCCGCUCGCUUACAUUUUACCCGGUCUCUGUUAUCUCAAGCUCGAAGAGGGAUCGGUCUUUUCGUCCAAGAAGCUUCCGGCGCUCGGCCUGAUGACUGCCGGUAUUCUGGCAGCACUCUCGGGCCUUUUACUGAUUAUAACCAACACUUGCUCUGGUACCUGCUUUCACGGCAAGGUAAUGCCGUAUUGCGUCGACAAUUCGACAACGACGCUGCAUCUUGGCGCGACCACAAUGCCCACCGACAACUCUGUUCUCUCGGAAUGCGGGAUCUAAGAUUAACGGAUGAGUACGGUAAACUUUUAGUUGCGUUUAAACUUUUAAUCUGCCAAAUUGCUGAAUGAAAGUAUAACAUGAUUAUAAAUGUCACAGGAUAAAUAACG